CCGCCUUCACUGCCUGCAAAUAACGCGAAUCUCUCUCUCUUCAUUUCUCUCUUAUCUCAAUCGAAAGCGAAAUCGAACUGUGAACAAAAUUAAAAUCAUUUCACAAGAAAAAGGGAUCCGAAAACUACAAGAACCAUACUAAUUUGAGACCCCAAUUCUGGUUUCAUCUCAUCUUUUCCUCAUCUUUACCCUUUGCAACCGAAGAGUUGGACCAGGAUUUCAGGAUUAGGGUUAGGGUUAGGGUUUGUUUUUCUACAUAGCGAAGGGGGCCUGGAUCAGAAAAAGCGUAGGUAUGGCCGUGUUGGUAUUUGGAUAGAGUGGAAUUUGAGGUUUUGACCAUGGGAUGCACCAUAGGUUGGUUAAUUUCUGGUUAUUGUUGGUGAUGACUAGAGACCGAUGUCACCUGGGAAAGAAGAUGAUGGGUAGGGGUGCGGAUGGAGGUUGUGGUACUGAGGAGAGGCCUUGUCCAGUGGCAAGAGUGCCGAACAGAAUAACGUUGACCCAAACUCGAACAGACGAGGAGAAGAAGCUGUCUACUGUGGAUAUUGAUUAUUACGCGCAGGCUCAAAAGGCUUUAUGUGAGCGUUCGCCAUUUGAUGUUGCGGAAGAGAGUUCAGCUCCUUGUGUGCCUACUUUGCCCAGUAGGUUGGGUAACUUCUUGAGUAGACAUACAGGUGGUAAGAAACGGCAGAGGAAAUCCAAUUCUGGGGCAGAUAAGAAAUCUUCUAGACAAGGUGAAAGGUCGCGUGUUUCCAACAUUUGGGUCGAGACUGAGGAAUAUUUUAGAGACUUGACGCUGUCUGAUGUAGACACUUUGCGUACAGCGUCUUCCUUUAGCGGUUUAGUGGCUAGGAAAUGUUUUUCAAUUCCGUCUGUAAGAGAUGUUCCAGAAGCAAAUGUAGGUGGAAGUGAGAAUGUUAGUGAUGAGAAUACGGAUGGGGCCAUUGUUAAAGAGGAGGUUGAGGAUGAUCGUUUGUGCUCGGAUGUGGGCAUGGUUGAAACCAGUGGUUCACCUCUCGAAGACAAGGGUUGUUUGAAUUUGGAUUCUACUUUCGGCUUAGAAUGGCUUUUAGGAUGUAGGAAUAAGGUGUCUUUAACUUCGGAGCGGCCGUCGAAGAAACGGAAGCUUCUAGGUGGCGAUGCAGGAUUGGAAAAAGUUCUGGUUGUUUCUCCUUGCGAUGGAAAUCCAUCUUUGUGCCACUUUUGCUCUAAGGGUGAUACGGACAAAGGGUUAAAUCCAUUAGUUACUUGCAGUUGUUGUCAUGUGGUGGUUCAUUAUAAGUGCUAUGGCAUAAAAGAGAGAGUCAAUGGAUCCUGGUUGUGUUCUUGGUGUAAGCAGAAGGAUGAAACUAAUGAUUCCACGAAGCCUUGUUUGCUCUGUCCCAAGCAGGGUGGUGCUCUGAAACCUGUACACAAGAACGUUGACAGUGGAUUUUCUGUUGAAUUUGCUCAUUUAUUUUGUAGCCAGUGGAUGCCAGAGUUAUAUAUAGAGAACUUGACGCAGAUGGAGCCCGUUAUGAAUCUGGGAGAUAUAAAAGAAACCCGAAAAAAGUUGGUAUGUAACAUAUGCAAAGUCAAGUAUGGAGCCUGUCUUCGGUGCAGCCAUGGAACCUGCAGAACCUCCUUUCAUCCAAUUUGUGCAAGAGAGGCUAGACAUAGAAUGGAGGUGUGGGCCAAAUAUGGGUGUGAUAAUGUAAGUGUGAAUUAUUCUCAUUCUACAAUUCGAGAUGCCAAUUUCACAUGCUUCAAUCAAAACAAACUAAAUGUGACGGUUGAGCUUCGUGCUUUCUGCUCUAAGCACUCAGAAAGUCGAGAUAAGAGCAGCAAUCAAGACCAUUCAGCAGCUGUCAACAGUAGCUCAUAUGUGGUCAACCACCUUCCAGUGACAUUGUCAAUUAACCGACCACAAAAAUUAGUUGGGAGAAGGAACAUUGAUAGCCUUUUACUCUCUAAGGAAGCUUCUGAUACCAACUCUGGAAAACUGGAUGAUGGCGAAUUAGAAGAUAUAGGAUCCGCUGAUCCCAGUUUAAAUGCUGCUUGUGUAACACAGAAGUCUACUGUCCAGGGGGUUGAGGAUGUUAACCCACUCGAUUCCCAUAAGUUUGCAUCGAUCAUGAAAAAGUUGAUUGAUCAAGGAAAAGUGAACGUUAAAGAUGUAGCCUCAGAAAUUGGAAUACCACCUGAUUUAUUAUGUGCAAAACUUACUGCUGACAACAUGGUUCCCGACCUGAAAUCCAAAAUUGUCCGAUGGCUAAGAAAUCAUGCUUAUAUUGGUUCCUUGCAGAAAAAUUUGAGAGUAAAACUUAAAUCGGCUGUUUUAGCUAGGGCUGUCGUUGGAGCUGCUGAUCGUUCCGACUCUUUGUCAGUACUUGAUUCUGAUAAUUCAGAUCUUAUUGCUGAUAAGAUGGUUACACCUCAAAGAAAAAUCAAAAGCAAUAUUAGCCAUUUGAAGAAUGAUGAAAUCAAAUUUUCAUCUGAAGGUGGCCAUGGUCUAGCAAUUCAAAGUGAUACCUUGGACUGGCAAACUUGUGAAGAGCAAGGUGAUUCAAAGAAGGAAUGCUUCCAAGACACCGGUGAGAAGCAUUUAAACGAGUGUAGUUCUCCUUCAAGAAAUUUUCCAAAUGACAUAGGUGAUCAAUUGAAGGUUUCCGUUUCUGGCCAUAAUUCUUCAAUAAGAGCAGUUCAUGGAAAGGCUGGAGAGUCGCCUGGUUUUUAUUUUCAUCCAUUUGUCCAAGAGAAGAUGGCAUAUAUGUUGCAUGGAAAGCUUCUAAAUGUGUCUGAAGGAGAGAGGUCAUGUUCGCAAGCAUCUUCCAAUGCUAGCGGUUGUUGUGAUCACCAACAUCAGCAUUUAGACUGCAACGACGUGAGUUGCAAUUCUGGUGGAUUUAGUCCGAAGCAGCAAGUGAAUAAAAAAAUAGAUGGAAUCAUAAAGUUGUCUCCAGAAGAUGAAAUUGAAGGAGAAAUUAUAUUUUAUCAGCACAGAUUACUUGCAAAUGCAGUUUCAAGGAAGAAGUUCGCUGAUCAUUUAAUUUGUAACGUUGUUAAGAGUCUUCCAAAGGAGGUUGAUGAUGCAAGAAGUACUAGAUGGGAUGCUGUUCUUAUUAAUCAGUAUUAUAGUGAGCUCAGAGAAGCAAAGAAACAGGGUAAGAAAGAGAGAAGACAUAAGGAAGCACAGGCUGUACUAGCUGCUGCAACGGCUGCUGCUGCUGCCUCUUCUAGGAUGUCAUCAUUCAGAAAAGAUAUAUACGAAGAAUCUGCUCACAGAGAGUUGAUGCCUCGUGCAAAAAAAACGCUUACUAAGGUUGCUCUCGCAAAGACUUCAUUAGAGUCGGAUGUCUGUAAAGAACACACUAGAUCCUGUGAUAUCUGCAGACGGCCAGAGACAAUACUAAAGCCAAUUUUAGUCUGCUCAAGCUGCAAGGUUUCAGUACAUCUGGAUUGCUAUCGGACUGUGAAAGAGUCCUCAGGUCCAUGGUGUUGUGAAUUAUGUGAAGAAUUGUCACUAUCAAGAGGGUCUGGAGCAUCAGUAGUCAAUUUUUGGGAUAAAUCAUAUUUUGUUGCAGAAUGUGGUCUAUGUGGUGGCACCACAGGUGCAUUCAGGAAAUCAUCUGAUGGCCAGUGGGUUCAUGCCUUCUGUGCAGAGUGGGUCUUCGAAUCAACUUUCAAAAGAGGACAAGCAAAUCCCGUGGGAGGCAUGGAGACAGUUUCAAAAGGGGUGGACUCUUGCUAUAUUUGUCACCGCAAGCAUGGUGUCUGUUUGAAGUGCAAUUAUGGUCAUUGCCAGUCCACUUUUCAUCCCUCAUGCGGUAGAAAUGCUGGAUGUUACAUGACUGUAAAGAGUUCUGGUGGUAAGUUGCAGCACAGAGCAUACUGUGAAAAGCAUAGCUCAGAGCAAAGAGCAAAGGCUGAAAACCAAACACAUGGAAUCGAGGAAUUGAAUAGAGUCAAGCAAAUUAGGGUUGAACUUGAGAGGCUACGCCUACUCUGCGAGAGAAUCAUCAAACGUGAGAAGAUCAAGAGGGACCUGGUUCUCUGUUCACAUGAUGUUCUUGCUUUUAAAAGAGACCAUGUAGCACGAUCAGUACUUGUUCGCUCUCCUUUCUUCCUACCCGAAGUUAGUUCUGAAUCAGCUACGACAUCACUGAAGGGGCACGUGGAAGAUUUAAAAUCGUGCAGUGAAGCUGUGCAAAGAUCAGAUGAUGUUACUGUGGACAGCACAGUUUCCAUCAAGCAGUGGAACAAAGUACCGUUGUCAUUGGAUACUGAGCAAAAGACGGAUGACGAUAGUACUACAUCUCAGAAUCCAUUCCACCGAAAAUUUGCAGACAGGGGUCAGUAUGCUGGGAAGCAAAUACCUCAAAGAUCUUCGACUACUGCAUCACGCAAUCUUGUAGAUGUUGGAGGAUUGAGGCGGCUCAAGUCUAGAAAGCAUGCCGAGACAUUUCAGAAAGAGCUGGUAAUGACGUCUGACCAAGCAUCAAUGAAGAAUUCUCUUUUACCUAAGCAGUAUCUGUAUGUUCCUGCUGAUGUCCUUGCCAAGGAGAAGCAGGUCAACCAGGAAACAUGUUCUGCCGAGCUGCCGAAAUGUGACAGGUAGUUGGAGAAGGCAUUUCUUGUGUUUCAGAUUUCCACGUUGGAGGCCAAACAUCCAUAUGCCUCGGGAUGCAUAUCCUGCUCGGAAACUGAGUCCGAGAGCAGGUGAUAUGGCCGAUGGAGAAGAACAGCAGAGUGAAUGCUGGGAUGGCUCCACUGAGGCGCCGGGUUUUGACUUGGGCAACAAAAGUUUUGGCAUUGCAGAUGUACGUUCGACGUCGAUUGUAAUUGUACAGGUGGGUGGGAGUCAUGGUUAAAUGUCGAAAUGGGAGCAGAUUGAGUUUUCCUUGUCUUUGAUAUCUCUUCCUGGUGGGUAGAGUCGAAUUUUUAGAAGUAUUAACCAUUGUGUGUACGAGGAGUUGGGGGGAGGGGGAAAGGAAAGAGUUGCUGCUGUGAAGCUACCCCUGUAAAGUUAGUGAGUGUAUAACUGAUAUGCAAUCAAUCACUCUGUCCAUCCUCUUCCAACCAACUCACUGCCCACUUUAAAAAGUACAAUAAUGCUCAAGCUCAAAAUUCGUUCUACUCUUC